AUGUCUUCUUCAUCCGUUCCGUCCUCGAAACAACACCAACAACGAACGAGUCAGUUCUUCCUUUUAGAACGCUUGCCGAAAGACAUACUCGUCUCGCACGUCUUCGCUCGCUUGUUGAUCGAUUGGAACGAUUUCGAAUCCUUUUCCGCCUUGGCGAGAACGAACAAAAGUCUACUCGAGAUGUCAAAAGACGCGCAGAUGUGGACGCACGCAUUGACUAGGAAGUGGGGAAACAGUGCGUUUACGAUGAAGACGACGAGUCCUUCUUUAACGGCGCAGUAUUUGAGACGAGUAUACGUGACGAGAGAACGCGCGUUGUGCACCCAGAAAGGCGUUCGGAUGCACGUGUUGCACAGAUUGCAGAUAUUGGUGAACGCGUUUAGUCAGUGCUCGAACGACCCUUCGGUAGGUUUACCGUCCGUUUCCGAGGACGUGUUGAAAAGAGCUCUGACGUUAGCGUUGGACGUUUUACGCGCGGCGGACGAGACGAGCGUGGAGUUGACUUCGGUCACGGCGGUGCAAAACGGGACGGAGGAGAUCGAGGAGAUGUUCGCCGAGAGAGUGAUGGCGGCGAGGUUGAUCGGGGUGGUGUUGACCAGGUUCAAGAAAGCGAGGAGGAUGGUGGAGAAGGUGUUUCAGUUUAACAACAAUUGCGGAGGUGGUGGAAUCGGAAGCGGAGGAGGUGACGAGUAUUUCGAGGGUACGCACUCUUUAGGAGUAGAAGAAGAAGAAGACGAAGAAGAAGAGCGGACGACGUUAAUUCUUCCAACAACAACAUCAACCAGUACGAACGAAUUCGACGAGGAGCAGGAAGAAGCCACCGCGUUUCGAAUCUUAGUCGCUCGAUACCUCAGCGAGCACUUCGCGAACUCGUCCAUCAUUUCGAACGUGAGUACUUCAAACGCAAACGCGCAUCAUCAUCAUCAUCAUCAUCGAAAGCAAACCACGUCGAUUUCGUACAUUCCCGCUAUUCCCAAACGAUAUCUGAAGAAAACAUUCGAUAAAACGUGUCCUUCCGAAUGGCUCUUCGAUUGUCUCACGAAGAACAAUAACAUCUCCUUGGCGGUGUGUCAAGCGGUGUAUCUGGAACCUCUUUCCGCGAUUGAGGAUUUCGAGCGGAAAAAAGAAAGGUUUCGCUACUUUCCUCGCUUGCCGAGUGGAGGUCGGUUCCCGCUCGGAUCUCGCCCGCCGGCGUCGAGGCAUCGCAGAGAAUUGUUGGCGAUGAAAGAUGGGAACCGGACGGACGUAUCUUUAAUGAGCGGCGCGUGGACAGGCGCGCGAAGGAGUAAUUAUACGAGCAACAGCAACAGUAACAGCAGCGAGAGACGGGUCCCGUUUAAGGGAACGUUGGAAUUUACAAAAGCUGGGAAAAUCAGUGGCUUCUUUGUCGACGCGGUGGGAACUAUGGUCGUCCGAGGGUGGGUCGAUCCAAACUCCUUAUCGUUUGCGUUGGACGCUCGAUAUACGGAAGUCGGGGGGUUACCGCCCGUGUCUCUGUUCCGGAACGAAGAAAAUAAAGAGAUCGAAACGCGAGCGGCGAUGGAAGUGAACGAAUUAAGAACGAGCGAAUCGAGCUCAGGGUUUGAAGAAUUGGCCGAACAGUUGGAAGAUGAAAUGGGGUGCGGAUUGUACUGUCGCUAUAGAGGGGUGUUCAACUCAAUCUCCGCCGGCGGCGUAUUUUGUUCGAACACGUCCGCAACCUCCAGAUCCGGCGCGUUUUCCUUAUGGUCCGAAUAA